GAGCCGGCCAUCCACCAACGCCUGCCCGUCCUCAAAGAGUUCUCUGUGGUGGGAGGUGACUGAGUGGACUUUCAGCACCACUUCCUCUUACAUCGCGAGAUGGCGGGGUGGAUGGAGGAAGAGGUGCUACGGGCGCUCCCAGCCGCCCUGGACGACGACGCCCUUGCCGCUCUCAUCACGAUUCCACGGGAGGAUCGAUCUCUGCUGCAACGGACGCUGCAACAAAUGGCCGACAUCUACGGCCUACCAUCCAACACGCGACACUGGUUCGCUGCUCGGAGGAAGGUUCAUCGGAGGAGCCUCAACCCAACCUUUGCAUCGACUCAAGCCGGGGGUUGGAGAGCCGAUGAUCACUCUUGUCAACAGGACUUCCGACAGUGGGGACGAGCAUCUCUGUGGCCGGAUGCAGCCCUCAUCACCUGCUAUAACUGCGGUCUACGGGGACACGUAUCGUCGGGCUGGCGGGCACCUCGACGUCGCAUCUCCGGACCACGGUCUUCAGCUUCUCGGUCACUCGGCUCUGCGGCGGCCUCAGGAAGCGAAAGAAAGGGAGCAGUGGCAAGGCAGCGAGAAGGCUACUGAAUACAUGCUGAAGCUGGUUAAUGUGAUAAGACGACAAUGUCAAGGAGUUCUGGAUAGUGCUGUGGGCUUUACGUGAAACCUACCCGCACCUGGAGGACAUUUUUGAGCAAUUUUAACUGGGGAGCAGGGAAAUGUGGUGCAGUCGUUAGAGCACCUCGUUACCCACGGAAUUUUGAACCCAAUGUUGUUUAAAUCUUUUUUCCCUCGCACUACCCGUCUGUAGAAUUCCCCACCAUCUUCUAUUUUCACAAGUUCUUGUAAAAACCUUGAUCAAUCCAUCAUGAGAGUUUUUGUGCCCCCACAGUACAAAACGACCCAACACAUCUUAUUAACUUUAAUCUAUUGAACCUUCAGCAAGUGCAGUUUGUUGCUGGCCAAUUGCCUUUUGAGGCAUUUCCUGUCUUUUUAUGACUUUCGUGUUGUGUUGUAAUUUUUAAAUGAUGGUUGUCAAUUAGAUGUUUGAUCAAAUGGAGCAUUAGGUAAGAUGGAACAUAAGUUAAUAUUGCACAUUUGGAAUGCUCAACUUUGCGUUUCAAAUGGAUUUUGUUUAACCAGGUGAUAACUCAAGAGACCAGAAUGAGUCUCAUUUGCAAGAGUGACCUAGGUCACCAAAAUGGCAAACACAAUAAAAUAAAACAAUCACAACAGUGAAACCAACAUUAAUUCGUGCAAAAAUAAACGUGUGAGAGAAAAAAAUUAAAGUGCAUAAAUAUUAAUUGAUAUUACAUUAAAUACAUUUCCGAUAAGAAAAUUAGCUCGUACAAAUUACUUUAAAAAAUCUAUUGUAGUAAAAUUAAGUUACAAAAAACGUAUUUAGGAUAUAAUCAGAUUUAUAUCAAAUAUAUUUGCAAGUGAAGUUAUCAUACAGAAUCGAUAGCUCAGCAUUAUUGUGCUUGAGAUCAUAACCAAUUACAUUUUGAAGCAGUGGAAUAAAAUGUACUAAUAUUAUCUGUCCUAUCUGUAUGGGAUGGGGUGUUGCCCCUUACACGUGUGAAUUUUCUCCAGGUACUCCAGUUUCCCACCACAUGCAUGAACACUCAUUCAUUCUCUGAAAACAUUAAUCUCUGUGCCUGUGUUUGUAACUAUGCAGCAGUGGGAUGCAGUUGCAUAAAUUAUGUUAUUUGAAAAAUCAAUAUUAUGAGUAAUUCCAUUAAUUUAGGGCAUUACAUUUUCGUCAUAUGUUUAAUCUUUGACUUUGAUAUUCAUGGUGGGAAGAAGUGACCAUUAGGUCUGGUUCACAACUGCUUCUAGAACUAUUUCGACUUAAUGAUUGUAAUGAUUGAGUCCUUGGAAAAUAAUCACAAAAGGGCUUUGUCCUCACCAUAUCGAUCAUUCAUGUUAAAUAAUUCCAGAUCGUUUGUGGGAGGGCGGGCUACACCCCACAUCGCCGUGCUUAUGGUGGAGGCGUGCGAGGUGUAAAUAUCCUGGUUUGUUGAAUAUGUAGUUGUUGAAACCAGCUUUAUUUGGGUGUAACUCAUUCUGAGUCCUUUAAAGCUUCAACACAGAACACGCCUCAGCUUUUGCUGUUAGCAGGCUCUGAGCAUUUACUCCUCGUAGAAACAUGCGUCUAGAUUAUAUAGAUUAUUUUGCUGGUAUCAAUGCUGUCAUUUGUGGCCAGGUCGCUUUUGAAAAAAAAGCUUAUAG